GGAAGUGAAUAGCAGACUGCAAGUGCGAAAGUCGCAUGUGAGGACUACCAGUUGGAAGUAGAAACUUUUCACCAGAAUAUGUCACUGAAACGAGAUUCUGUACCUCCACCGAGACCGCCAGCUCCAAAGAGCUUAACCAGAAGAUCAGCAUCAAAUAACUCCAUCAAAAAAAGCUUCAAGCUAUUAGAGGAAGAUGAAGAAGAUGAAGAGGACUUAACAGUUUUAACAGGAGAGUUUGAGAAAAAGUUGGACAAGAACAAGGCAGAUGUAAAUGCAUCAAAGGGUGAUAAAUCAAAAGAGUCAACACCUGUAAAAACUACAAGUUCAACUCCUCAGAAUGAAUCAAAAACACUUGGUUUGAAUCAAAGGUCAAGGUCAUUAGAUGAUGACAAAACUUCAAGUAAUGUUUCCAGGAUAAAGCAAAAUUUUGUUGACAUAUCUUCAGGACUUAAAGAUAAAUUAGCCAAAAAAUGGGAGGAGCUAUCUGCAGAAAUCAAUUCUCCUGUAGAUGCAGAUACUGAUCAAAAAGCAGAAGAGAUGGUUGAUCAAAAUGCCAUACUUUCUAAACACGAUGUGAAACGAUUAGAAAUCCAAGUAUCAGAUAGUGGUGAAGAAAAGUUGAUCAUUGAAACAGCGAAAAACAGUAAUUCAGAUGAACAGAUCAAGGAUGAAUCGGACAAAAAGGUACUGGUAAGGUCACGUAGACUACCUCCGACUCCAGAGGAAAUGCCUGCUGAUACUUCAGAUUUUCAGUUAGUUGAAGACUUUUACACAACAGAACCAAAGGAUGUUUUAUCAGAUACAACUGUGCAAUCUAAUGAACUCCGUCAGCGUAACAAUAGCAGUUCAAAGAAAAUAAUGAAAAGCAAAGGUUCUAAGGCAUCAAAUUCUCCAACAGGAACACCAGUAUCAAUGUCAAAGUUGAUGACAAAAAAUCACUCUGAAGAUAUUGAUCAGGAUAUUGAGGUAUCAAGUAUAACUGAAUUUUUUGAUGCAUCAGAUGUGGAUUUGACUUCAAAUAAUUCUGUGAAACCAGAUCUCCAGUCUGGUAAUGAGAAACCCAAAUUGACAACAGGACAUGUGAACAUGUCAGAUUUGACUGCUGUUCCAGUGAGGAAAUUAACAGCAGGGAGCAUUUUCAUUUUCCUCUACUGGAUCUUGCCUCUCCCAUCAUAUCUAUCAGGAUUGUUGAUGGGUAUAUUUCUUGCCUCUGCUGGAUGGGCAGUGUACUUGUGGUUAAACAAACCUCCUACUCUGGAGCCUCCAAUCGAAAGAAUACCUGUCAGCCAGCUCCCCCCAAUGGUCGUUCCAGAAAUGAAAGAUGUUGUCACAGAGGAUGGAGUUUAUAAGGGAUGGAUGAAUGAAAUUCCAAGCUACAACCCAGAAAAGUAUCACAUCAACCAAACUCAUUCAAUCUAUGUCGAUCUAGAAAAUUCAGUUUUACGUCUGCGGCGGCCAAAAACAAACAUUGCCAGGCGUUCAAUGUGGGAUGAACCUCCAAUUCCGACACCCCAGUUCAUUCAUCAGAGACAUUACAACUUAGAGGGCAGCAAGGUAUUUUUGGUGCCACCAGGACUGGUGAAAAAACGUAUUUGGAGCAAAAAAUAUCCAAUCUGCAUAGCCCUAGCAAGUACUGACCCAAAACACCAUGCUAUGGUGAAUGAGCAAAAGCUUGCUGAGACUCCAGACUCUGAGCUAGGAUUUGAAAUUGUAACAGAGCAAACCUGUGGGAAUGGAAUCCUGUUCCUGUUUGCGAGGACUUGUAGGGAGAAGGAAGACUGGUACAAACGUUUUACUGCAGCUGCAGCAGCUAAGCCCCUCCCAAGCCAUCUUGGUCUCAUACGCAAGUGCAUUAAAAAGUCAUCAUCCCAAUCCCAGCGCCAUAGCAGGAACAACAGCACAGAAGGUGUACAACAGAACAAAAGGCAGGAAUCAACUGAUUCAACGUCGUCAGGGUCAUCCUCCCCAACUAAGGAAACAGAUGAUAUCCCUGUGUCUAGUAAAUCUAGCUUAGAAGACUUUAUACGCUUCAUGGGCAGGGUUAUGCCUAAGGAGGUGAAAGACUCCCAGUCAACCCCAACUCAUGUGAAGCGAGGGACUCCAGAAUAUGUUAGCCCCAUUGAUUGUGAUUUCAACAUACUCUGGCUAAAUGCACUCAUCAAUAGAAUAUUUUGGGACUUCCUGCAUGAGCAGUAUUUUAUUGAUAAAGUCCUGGAUAAACUGCAGAGGAAAUUAAGUAAAAUACAUAUUCCAUAUUUCAUAGAGGAGCUAAAGAUUACAAAUAUCGACCUGGGAAAUGAGGUGCCAAAUUUGCGUCGUGGAGCACGACCCUACUUUGAUGAGCAAGGAUUCUGGGUAGAUAUAGAUGUCAACUAUGAAGGUGGCUUUCAAAUGACAAUAGAGACCAAAGUGAACCUUAUGAGGCUGAAGAAGACACCAAUUGACAAACAAGAGACAGAGUCAGCCAGAAGAUCAGCAAUAACAGAUGAAGACGAGGAAGACAGUGCUGAAUCUUCAAGUGAUGAGGAAGAAGAUGCUUCCUCACCAAGUGCAGAAGAUGGUGCACGAGGUGGUAGAGCCAGCAAAAAGAUCAUGGGAUAUCUAGGCAAGAUCACACAGUCCAAAUAUUUCCAAAGUGCUACAGAGAUCAAGUAUAUCAAGAAGAAGAUGGAAGAAGUUUCCAACACACCUAUAGAACUGACGGUUGAAGUUCGAAUACUGUCUGGGACCAUGGCUAUCAACAUCCCUCCCCCUCCCACUGACCGACUGUGGUAUGGGUUCAGAGGCAAUCCCAAGCUACACCUGGUCGCUAAACCAAAGGUUGGAGCUAGAGAACUGACCAUCACACACAUAACAGAGUGGAUUGAGAAAAAACUGUCCACAGAGUUCCAGAGAACAUUUGUAUACCCCAAUUUGGAUGACCUGGAGGUGCCAACAUUUACUACAUACACCCCUAAUGGUGUGGAGUCUACUGGCCACAGUCUUUAGUCCCACACAGAAAUCAGCAUUAACCUACACAAUGUCAUGUAGGUAUGCAAUAUUGUGCAAUAUAUCCUAUUUAUUAUAAUUUCUGUAUAUGUUUGUAUCCAUAAGUUAUUGCUGUACAUCAAGUUAAAGGUGAUAUGCUUACGUGUUUUAACAGGUUAAAUUCCAGUUUGUGUAUGGUAAUGCUUUACCAAACAUUACAUAUGUAAAACUGAUACUAUUUCCAUGAAGCUUUUACAAAGAUUCAAAGUUAAUUUUUGAAUUGUACAAGAGACAUUGUAAUAUUUAUUUUGUAUACAUUUUCUGUCUCAUUACUGGUACCAUCUUAACCUAAUAAGCACAAUGGAGAAUGAAAGAGGGAUGUGCUUGUUAAAACCAUGUACAGGUUUCUAUGGAAACCAUGAAUCUUUUGCUUUGAAGUACAUGCAUGCAUCUUGGUUAAUAAUAGAUUUUGUUUCUUUUCUCUGGAUAAAGUCUCUAGGUAAAAGACUUACAUUUGCAGAUUAAGUAAAUAAGUUACCUUUCACGGUCAAUAGUUAAGCACAUCCAUCAUUUUUCCCAGAAAAUGAUGAGACAGGUUUGUUUAUAAGGCUAAAUACAGAUUGUAAACUUUUAAUGUAUCAGGAUAAUCUAAUAAUACAGUCCUUUUAAACUGUAUGCUUGCUUGUGUUUUCAAGUUUAUUGUAAGUAAAAUAUAAAAAGAUAACAAAAUUAAUAUACCAAGAAAUCAAUUUUUACUUGAAAUUAGGAUUUUGCUUGAAAUACAUGUUAAGUAUAAAUUGCAACUCUAACUAUGUUAUACAAAUUUUAAUUUUGUACUAUGGAUUAUUGAUGUUGAUGUUAACUCACUUUUGCCAUAUCCCAUUAUUGUCAAAUGAAGGAUGUUACAGUGUUGGUGCUACUGUUGAUGCUAGACUGUACUUCAUUGUUGUGUGAAAUACACUACUACCCUGUACAUAAAAUUAUUGUAGAUUUAGGGUCAUACAUGUAUCGAGCACGUACACCAACUCACAAAGCUGAUCGAAGCACAUAUAGUGUAUACCAAGAUGUUGUUGAAGGACAAUCCAGCAAUACAUGUACCCUUACACCAAAUCUUAGCAUGCACUGUACAUAGCGUAUAUAACACUGUUUUUUUAGUGCAAUAUACUGUCCUAAGCAAAAAAUACAUCCAUUUUGCUUUUAACUUUUUGAUCCACAUCAAGAAUUUGAAUUCUUGAAAGCAGAAAGUGUCAUUGAGCAGCCAUUUAUGUACCAUUACCCUGUACAUAGCGCUAUUGUUGGGGAGUCCAUGUGUAGAUUUAUACAUUUCCCAUAUAUAUAUAUUAUAAAGCUGCUAGUAGCUGGGUAACAAAACUGGUAUUUAAGGAUAGUCUAUUACCAGUGGUAUGGCUGGUUGCAUUACUAGCUUUCCUCUCGGUGUAGUAUGCCAGACUUAGAUAGCAUUAAUACAGACCCCACAGAUAUAGUGUAUUUUCAUAGUAAAAUGAGCAUGGUCAUUUUAUCAUUGUGAAAUGAUAAAGGUAGGUUUUAUAAAACUGGUACACUGUUUUUAUGGAAUAUUAAGCAUAUGGAAUACUGUUAUCAGACUGAGUGUAGGAUUAUGUAGACAUAUAAUUUUCAUCAUGAAUAAUUGAUUAGGAUACCCACCAUCUGUCAAAAGAUACAUCAAAACUGGUCAUAUUGCUAGAAUUUAUGAAUAAAUCAAAUAGAUAAUGAAUUUGAUCAUCUGUGAUAUUUGAGUCUGAGAUCAGAUGUAGAUAAUAGGCUGUAUCAUCAAACUGAAUUCCCAAUUAUUCCCGAUUAUUCUCAAUACACUGUCACACUGGUAUUGAUGUAUAUUUUAUCUUAGUUGUGUAAAUUAUAUAACAAAUAUGCACAGGAACCUUCAGAUAUGUAUGUAAUAUUAUGGUCUCAAAGUUUGUUUCAACAAGGAACUAGAAAAAAAAUAUAUUGGUAAAAAUACCUCAAUAUGUGGUGGGGCAAUUCACUGUAUUUCCGCAAUGAUAUUGGCGAUUCCCUUUGUUCAAUAAUAAUCUCAUCCCUUGUGAAAAAGAUUCUGCAGAUUUUGCUUGAAGUUUGAAACAAACAUACCGGGGGUAUUUAAUCCCAAUUUUCUACUACAUACUGAGAUGAUAAUGUUUUGCCAUAAAUCAGAUUGUCACUUAAUAUGUGACUUUGUUUAGGGUGUAUCUUAAUAAAUUUUUCACCUACAAAUGUCAUAUUUUUUAUGGAAGUAUGUUGACUUAGGUGUCCUUUUAUUACUUGUAUACUUGUCGUGGACCCUUAAAUAUACAUUUAUAAUAAUGGGAUAGAGAAUGCUGGACUGUGUAAAAACUUUGGCCCUUUGCUCAUUUUUUCAUAUAAAAAUGUAUUGUGAGGUGAGGAACUACAGAUUGCUCACAGCACCCAGCCACAUCGCACAUACUGUGUAGGGAUGAAUUGUAGAAGUUAAGUCCACUUGUACUUACCGGUUAUGCUGGAUUUAAAGGUAGCUGUUUGAUGUGAUAUGUACUGAAUAGUGUCUCUAUAAUGCAUAUUGACAGGUGGAGUAUGCAAUCUGAAAAUUACACAAUUAAUACACUGUCGACAUUGUAUGCAAAGUAAAGCAUUGUAUAUGGCAUACAUUUCAUAAAUAGUCAUUAUUUUUCCCUGGUGGCCAUAAUUUCAUUGUGGGUGUUUAAUAAAAUGUAACAUGUAUCAUUGUGGCUUCAUUUGUGUAAUUGUUUAGGUACAAUAAAUUGGUAAUGCACAUCUAGAUAAACUUCAUUUAGAUGUAUAUAGAUAUGAUGAAUUUCAUUUUCACAUUUAGUUACAUGUACAUUGUAACUUAGUUGUGCAUCUAGAUAGAAUGGAACUUAAUUGUACUUAUCUACUGACAGAUUUAGUUAUAUAAUUUAGUGACUUAUAGGGAAAACAAAUUAUGUAACUGACAUGUUUCUUGUUCCUAAAGCCCAUUGUUGUUCCUUGUACUCGUGUAUAAUCAAAAUUACAGUGAGGUUAUACUAACAUAUUAUUUUUAGGUCAUCUGACCUGAAGCCUGGUCAAGAUGAACUAUUGUCAUUGUGUUUCAUCUGUCGUUGUGCACUGUCCGCCAUGUGUAAACUUUCACAUUAAAACCCUUCUUUACCCAUAUGCCUGAACAGAUUUCAACCAAAUUUGGCCUGAAACAUCAUUGGCGGAGGGCAAUCAUAAUUUAUAUAAAUGAAGCUGAUUUGACCCCUUGAGACAAAGGGGCUAGACUCCAAAUGCUUUAAAACACUGUCUACUCCUCCUAAUAAUGCUUGAGUGGAUUACAACCAUUUCAUCAUUUCAUAAAUGAAUUUGGCUUAAUAAGAUAUAUUUUGAUGACUAGAAGUAGCUACCCACUGCUGACCAAAACUACUGUUAUGGAAUACAGAAUCUUAUUGAGAUUUUACUGAAAGUGGGGUGAAUAUGCUGUAAGUGUAGUCUGUUAGAUGACUAUUUAGGCCCAUGGGCCUCUUGUUUUGUAUUCCUUAGUUUAGAAUUGCCUACAUGUGUAAUAGCAUGUACUCUACAACUCCAUGGGAUAUGCUUUUUGGCAGAAAGCAGUAUAAAGUUUGGGACAUGUUGGAUACAUGCUUGGAACUUUACAAUGCAAACUUGCAAUUGGCUUAUACAAUGUACUAUGUUCCAAUUUAAUAAUGAAUCAUUUUAGCUGAACAAGACUUAAGUAUUAUAAUUAUAGGAACACAACUAUGAGAAUGACAUCACUACCUACUUUGACCUUAUCUAUUGAACCAGGGAGAGAAAUCAAUUAAACAAGAGUUGUUAAAACUAUAUAUAUAUAUACAACAUUUACAUAAAACACCUUGAUUCUAAAUGGAACUCUACACAGAAAAUACAUUUUAAUAUGGAAGUACUUAUAAAGUCUGUUGUCUAAUCACUUUGUUAAUACAUGUACUGUUAUAUGUUUUCUUUAUUUAUAAUAUUAUCUUUGUUUUGUGAACUAUAAAAGUAUAUUUUCUUGCUAACUUAUUUAUCAGUACGGAAAAAGGAAAAAUGAUGCACCUGAUGAUGGUUUAUUUUGUCUGAAAAAUGUGUAAUUCAAAGUUUGUAUAUUAAGUUAAUGUUUAUUAUGAAGUGGAUACUCUGUACAACCACUCAUCAAUAUUGUUGUUUUUAUGCUAGUUCAAGUUUUAAAAAUGAUUAUUUAACAUUUGUUGCUUACCGGUGUCUCUGUAUCUUCCAUAAAUGUACUACACCUGAUUAUAUUAUGUAUCUAAUUUUAUGUUCGAAGGAACUGGAAUGAUUUAUUCUAAAGUCUAGUCACUCAAAGUCCUAUCAGCAUUAAAGCAGGUCACCAUACAGUGGUGAUUCAUUAGUUCAUGUAGACACCUCUCUUCCUUAUGGCGAUCAUUGUGGACGAGUUAAGUAACCUGCUUCCUUCUCUGGGUCAUUAUGGACAUAUUAAGUCAACUUUUACCUUAUGAUGAUCAUUAUUGGGCAAGAUCAAUAAUUUCUCUUCCUUAUGAUGAUUGUUAUGGACAAGUUCAUCCAUUUUAUUGACAAUUACUGAUACUGUAAUUUGUACUGCGACAAUGAAAACUGGAUGGACAGUUGGAUAAAUGGUGUCAGGAUAAAUGGGCCUCCACUCAGAAAACUUCAUAUAACUGGUGUGUGGAUUAAAAUUUCCACCUAAAGGUGAGAAAAUAAAACGUUUUUUAAAGAUACCUAUAAAAAGUAAUAAUAUUGUGCUGUUUCAAGAUGAAAUAUUCUGCUGACAAAACUUUAACAACCCUUGGGAUAAUGUUUUAACUGGAGAUUAUUAUAAAUCACUGCCUGUGAAUGGUUCUGAUACAUUGUAUACCUGUAUCUGAGGGUUUUGGUCUAUUCAUGAAAACCCAUGCUCAAAUCAUCUUUAAGGUAUGACUUCUUGUUAUGGAAUCAAACAGUAAACACUUGGAAAAGAGAAAUUUAAAAUUGUCAAAGCAUGCCUUCUUUAAGAACUGAUUUCAGAUAUGCAAAGUUCUAGUAGAAACAAUCAGAAAGUGUGAUUUAUGUUUGAUUCAGUAAUUAGGACCCUAUAGCAAAUCAUUCUGUACAAUUUUAAUUUUCUGCUGAUUACUUCAGUAUUAAUUUACUAUAAAUUUUGUCAAGAUGAGUUCACAAAAAUUCAUACUCUAAGUAAAAAAAAUCAAGGUCUAUAUCAUGUCAAGGUUAUCAGACCCAAAGUUCAAGAUCAAAUUUUGUAUCUUUUCACUUAUGAGC